AGCUUCGAUCGACACCGAGGUGCAAUGCGCGGCGAGACGUUGCGCGUCGUCGCGCCGCUGUGCGUCGCGCUCCUCGCGCACGCGUUCGCGCCGAUCCCGCGGCCGCCCGCGGUCGCGCCCGGUGCGCGGCGGGCGCCCGUGGUCCGGUCGAGCGACGGCGAGCGCUCGCUCUUCGACCGCAGCGACAACGGGACGCGCGACGACGAGUUCGACCUGCAGCCGCGGAGCGAGCUCGCUAGGAGCGGCGGCCCAAGCCGCGACGACGGCAACGAGACGAACCGCUACUACAAGAUCGUCGCGAGCCUCGCGCCGUCGGACAUCAUCGGCCGCUUCGCCGCGACGGCGCCGCCGCGCGUGCAGGACGCGGUGAAGCAGACGAUCAUGGGCCUGCUGGGCAACGCGGGGGGCUUCGCGCUGGAGACGGCGACGAUCACGACGAGCGAGAAGCUCGCGAACCUCAUGUUCCAGCUGCAGAUGACGGGCUACAUGUUCAAGAACGCCGAGUACCGCGUGUCGCUGUCGCAGUCGCUCGCGGACGUGCCGGCCCUGCCGCCCGGCGACCUCGAGGAGGACGCGCCGGACGCGUCGGCCCCGCCGCCGGUCCAGGGCACCGUGACCGUGAAGCUCGGCGUCGAGGAGGUCCGCGUCGACGCGGACGCGUACAUGGCCGAGCUCCGGGACGAGGUCGCGACGCUCCGCCGGGAGCUCGACGAGGUCGAGGAGGAGCGGCGCCUCGCGUCCCAGAAGGACCUCCUCGCCUACAUCCGCGCGCUGCCCGAGCAGCAGAUGGCGUCGAUGACGUCCGAGAUCACCGACGACGUCCUCGACGGCAUGAAGAAGCUCGUCUACUCCAUCAUGAAGGGCAUGGGCACGUCCAACGUCGAGGCGAACACGCUCCUCCAGCAGUCCGGCUCCGCCAUGGCCCAGCUCUGCAUGUGGCAGCUCGUCAUCGGCUACAACCUCCGCGAGCUCGAGGUCCGCGACCAGCUCCAGAAGCAGCUCGGCGUCGACGACGACGGCGACGGCGGCGACGCGUAGCGCGCGCCCGCAUCCCCCCCUUCUGUACACCUAACUCCGCGCCUCUUCGCUGU